UCAGGAUUCCCCAUAGAUGUUUGAUUGGGUUCAGAUCAGGAGACAUACCUGGUCACUGAUUAAUUUUUACCCUAUUCUACUUUAGAAAUACAAAAGUGGCCUUAGAUGUAUGUUUUUGGAUCAUUGUCAUGUUGGAAAAGUGUACGACAACCAAGGGCACGGAGUGAUGGUAGCAUCUUCUCCUUCAAUAUACAGCACUCAUGCAGCCCCACAGAAGGACACUUCCACCACCAUGUUUCCCUCUAAGCACCAUGUAUUUUUCUUUGUACUUCUCACCUUUGUGAUGCCAUACAGUUUUGAAGCCAUCAGUUCCAAAAACAUUUAUCUUGGUCUUAUCACUCCAGAAUACAGAGUCCCAGCAGUCUUCUUCUUUUUCAGCAUGGGCCCUGGCAAAUUGUAAGCAGGCUUGUUUGUGCAUGGGCUUUAGGAGAGGCUUCCUUCAUAGACGACACCUAUGCAUGCCAUUCCUCUGCAGUGUAAGCUGUAUUGUAUCACAGGAAUCAAUCAACCCAGUUUGUCUUUCUACUUCUAUGUAGCUAACUGCAAUGAACUUGCAUGGUGAUUUUAUUUAACCCUUCUCAUCA